GUCUGCGCUCGCGCUGGGCGGAGGUGUGGAUCAGCGCGAGUCCGGUGCUGGGCAUCUUCACCUCCCGGCCACAGUCAUGUCUCCGUAGGCCGCCCCGCGCGCUCUCUGCCGCCUGCACGGCGCCAUGGGCGGCCAGCUGACGCGCAGCGCCUUCUACGACUCGCUGGGCGGUCCCUUCCCCUCCGCCUCACAGCGCUGUCCCCACAGAGCCAAGCCACGUCUGCCGGCGCCGUGCGGCGUGGCCGGCGCCGCCCUCCCUCUCAGCCCGCUGCUCUUCCACCCCCACGCCAAAGGCUCUCAGAUCGCCAUGGACCCGGCCCAGAAGAGCGUCAAGCGGCAGGGAAGUUUCUGCAACGCCAUCACCUUCAGCCACCGGGCGGUGGCUCUCUACGAGCAGGUCCGACUCAAGAUCACCAAGAAGCAGAGCUGCUGGAGCGGCGCCCUGCGCCUGGGCUUCACCUGCAUGGACCCCAGCAGGAUCAGCCCACACAGCCUCCCCAAGUACGCCUGCCCGGACCUGGUGGCCCAGAGCGGCUUCUGGGCCAAAGCUCUGCCGGAGGAGUUUGCAAGUGAGGGGAACGUCGUCUCCUUCUGGGUGGACAAGAAGGGCCGAGUCUUCUACCGCGUCAACGACUCCUCCCCCAUGUUGUUCUUCAGUGGAGUCCGGACAGCGGAGCCGCUCUGGGCCCUGAUCGACGUCUACGGACUGACCCGCGGAGUCCAGCUGCUGGACAGCGAGCCGGGCCCCGCGGACGCCCUCCGACCUCGCUCCUCGUCCCUGCGCUCCCGUUUGUCCGUCAGCUUGUGCGACCUGAACCUGCAGGAGGAGGGGGGCGGAGCCUCGCGGCGCCAGGCCCUGCACCUGGCCUCUUCCGCCUGUCUCAUUCCCCAGAACUCCCUGAACUCCCAGCGCUGCUCCCUGCUGCCGCCGGCGCUGGACAGCCAGCUGCACUUCCACCAGCUGCGCGGCGCCCACAUCGCGGCUCUGGACCCGCAGACGGUGGCCCGGUCGGAGCAGGCGCGCGAAGAGCGAACGCUGGUCUUCACCGACCGACCGCUGCGGCGCGGAGAGACCGUUUACGUCAAGGUCAGCAAGUCCAGUCCCACCGGCUUCGGCUCCUUGUCCUACGGCGUGACCUCCUGUGACCCGGCGGCGCUGAGGCCCGGCGACCUGCCGUGCACCCCGGAGGCUCUGGUGGACAGGAAGGAGUUCUGGGCCGUGUGCCGGGUGCCCACGCCGCUGCAGACCGCCGACAUCCUGGGGUUCCUGGUCAACCCCGAGGGCCAGCUGAUCCUCAGUCACAACGGCAGCGGCGUGGGCAUGCAGGUGUGCGUGGACGACUCCCGGCCGCUCUGGAUGUUCUUCGGUCUUCACGGCGCCGUGACGCAGCUGAGGAUUCUGGGUUCCACUCAUGGUCAGGACCCCGGGCCUUCGUCCGGCCCCGCUUCACCCUCCUCUUCGCCUCGCACCCCCUGCGCUCUGGGCAGCGGCGGCGGCUCUGACCCGGUCCUGAACGGAGGUCUGUGCUCAGCAGCAGGCACCACACCCCGCUCGCCCACCGAGUCGCCCACAUCCCCGUCAGGUCGCGGGCCCGGCUCCAGUGAGUGCUCCAUCUGCUACGAGAACGCGGUGGACACCGUCAUCUACGCCUGCGGACACAUGUGUCUCUGCUCCUCCUGCGGCCUGAAGCUGAAGAAAACGCCCAGCGCCUGCUGCCCCAUCUGCAGACGGCAGAUCAAGGACAUCAUCAAAACCUACCGGAGCACGUAGGUGUCCCAUCCACGGACGUCUGCCCGGACUGACGUGGAGAGGACCCCGCCCAGGUCUCUGGACCAGGUCGUCCCAGGUCUCCGAACCAGGUCCUCCCUCGUCCCCGGACCAGGUCCUCUCUCAUGUCCGGACCAGGUCCGCCCUCGUGUCCAGACCAGGUCCGCCCUCGUGUCCAGACCAGGUCCUCUCUCAUGUCCGGACCAGGUCCGCCCUCGUGUCCGGACCAGGUCGUCCCACGUGAGCUUCGUGUCGCCGUGGUGUUGAUGAUGGUGUUGAUGUAGAAGCUGCGAGUAGAAGACGUCAUGGUUGUUUUCGGUCGCCAUGUUGUUGUGCUCGCUCGCUCGCUGUGCGACAGCCACCAGAGGAUGAAGCUUUUCAUCCGUUCACCAGCACUGGGGUCACGCUGACCUCACAUGCCCGUGCUAACACACACAUGUCUGUCUCUGUCCUUGUGAGGACCUCGGCCUUAAUCCGCGUGGCACAACCUGCAGCUCGCCAUGAGCGAGUGAAUCACUGCGUCACCUUCAGGAGCGUGGAAGCACAUGUUUUUCUAAAGUGUUUACACACCCGCCUUGUAUUGGUUCUGGUGACCGGCUAUUUGGGUCGUGGGCUCUAUGGGGACGGCGUGAUCUAAUCUGAGGAGCAGAGGAACAUCUCUGCAGGAGCUCUUCUGUUGUUUGCCCUGGACACACACCUGACAGUCCAGAAACCCAAGGACACUCUCACAGCAAGACGUGUGCGCCCCCUGGUGGUCUCCUCCAGACUCACCCUGAUGACUCCCAGACGGACUCAAAUUAGUGAAGCAGAUCUCAGGUCUCACAUGGUGGCUGCGUCUGUACAUGACCCUCAAACCCACAAGGCUCCCACGCGCUGCUGCUGCUCCCCCUUCACCCUCACUCCUUCAUCCCUUAUCCACCCUCUCACUCCUUCACCCUCUCACUCCUUCACCCUCUCACGUCUUCACCCUCUCUGUUCCACCCUCUCACUCCUUCACCCUCUCUGAUCCACCCUCUCACUCCUUCACCCUCUCUGAUCCACCCUCUCACUCCUUCACCCUCUCUGAUCCACCCUCUCACGUCUUCACCCUCUCUGUUCCACCCUCUCACUCCUUCACCCUCUCUGAUCCACCCUCUCACUCCUUCACCCUCUCUGAUCCACCCUCUCACUCCUUCACCCUCUCUGAUCCACCCUCUCACUCCUUCACCCUCUCACUCCUUCACCCUCUCUGUUCCACCCUCUCACUCCUUCACCCUCUCUGUUCCACCCUCUCACUCCUUCACCCUCUCUGUUCCACCCUCUCACUCCUUCACCCUCUCUGAUCCACCCUCUCACUCCUUCACCCUCUCUGUUCCACCCUCUCACUCCUUCACCCUCUCUGAUCCACCCUCUCACUCCUUCACCCUCUCACUCCUUCACCCUCUCACUCCUUCACCCUCUCACUCCUUCACCCUCUCUGAUCCACCCUCUCACUCCUUCACACUCUCUGAUCCACCCUCUCACUCCUUCACCCUCUCUGUUCCACCCUCUCACUCCUUCACCCUCUCACUCCUUCACCCUUUCUGUUCCACCCUCUCACUCCUUCACCCUCUCUGUUCCACCCUCUCACUCCUUCACCCUCUCACGUCUUCACCCUCUCUGAUCCACCCUCUCACUCCUUCACCCUCUCACAUCUUCACCCUCUCACUCCUUCACCCUCUCUGUUCCACCCUCUCACUCCUUCGUCUCACUCCUGUCAUUGCUUCGUCCUCUUUCUUGACUCCUGUGAAUGUCUUCUCUCUUCUCGCUGGUGUUCGAUGAUGAGAACAUUUGUUGUGUGUUUCACAUUAGUCACAAUGUUUGUGUUGCUCGGGAGGGUUUUGCAGUAAACAAUCGGAGGUUCGUCUCAGAGGUAGAAAGCCGCCUGUGUUGGGCCCCAGACUUCAGCUGUGUGUGUGUGUGUGUGUGUAUUUAUAAUGACGCGUGCGCAGCUGGUGGAUGAUCCAUGUCACUUUAAGAGGUUGCUGAUUGUAGACGUGUCGACGUUGAAGAUGACCAAAUAUAAAGUUCCCUUUGAAUCGUGGUGUUCCGUGUCACACAUGCUGCGGGUCUGACGCAGGGGUCGGAACAAACCGCACCCGUCUUGAAUGCGCUGCUUGUUUUGUUCAAAUGCUUGGAGAGAGGAGGCGGCGGCGGCGCUGCAGUGUCCCGGCAGCGUGGCACCCAACCCAUCAGAGAAUGACAACGCGCUGGUGGAGAGUCUGUGAAGGUGCGAGAGGUCAACACAGGCUCCCGGGCCAGAGAGGGGCCGAAAGAACCCGCGACGCCCGGUGGCUGAGUGUGGCACCAGAAAACUAUCCGCGAAGGAGCACGCAGAUGAAGAGGAGAACUUUGGGUGUCACCGCGCAGUGUUGCUCUGUGGCUCUGGUCAUGACAAGGCCCAGGAGUCUUGGCGGCCCAGAUCAGGAUCAGCUGGACCUGCGCCGGGAGCGAUGGUGACAUCUAGUGGAUGACCUUGGAACAACACUCUUGCUCAGUCAAGUGAUGGCGUCAUCGUGUCCCACGUGACUGAGAUGUGCGGGUCUGCAGAGACUCGGGACCUGGAGAAACCUGGACACAGAUGCGUGAGGACGUGGCCUUUAAUGCGCUCCGCACGGGUCACGUGGCCGCUGCCUACACGUCGACAAUACAGGUUCGCGGUAGAAAACAUCCGCUUCUCAAAGUGCGCUCCAGCACAAGAACGUGGUGGCGGCGAGGUUCGGGACGACGGCGGGUACUGACUCGCAGGUCAGCGGCUUGGCUUCGUCACGCAGGCACACGGCUGAGGAGGGCGAUCGCUGCUCACUGGCGGACCACGUCCUGGGUCAGACCUUCUCUCCACUGGCCCUGACCUCACCGUGACGCCACAGACGCUGCCCGGGGCGGGACACGUCCUCCUGCUCACGGUGGACAGUUGGCGAGUGAGUGACGGCUUCACAUCCGGAUCAGAACAUGACCUGGCAUCACCGUCUGCCAUGUGGCUCCACCACCCCCAGCCACGCUGAAGAUUCCUCACCACAGAUUCACAGCAGCAGCCCACGGAUGGAGAACCCGGGUCCAAAGAGAGCAGCAGGCACCAGACGAGGCAUUGGAGGUCCACAAACCAGGUUCUUCUCUGGAACCUUCAACCUGCAAAUCAAAGACUCAGGCACGAACGUGAAGAGCUGAUGGAGCGGAGGACGCAGCUCCGCAGACCAGCUUCAGUCCCUCUGCACACGUCCUCACAGGAAGAGAAACAGCCAGGAGCGAGAGAGAAGAGCGUCACGCUGUCUGUCGGUCACGGGUCACAGUCCUUCCAGCUCCACAUCAGACGGCCAUCAUCCGUCCUCCAUCGCUCACCGCAGGAACCAAAGGGAGGUGGUCGGCUGAAGCUUCAGCUCACCACUCAUCACGUGAGAAAACAAGCAACCAAAUAUUUCGCCGCACUUUUUCGACAUACAAAGAGACUUGCUGGUCGCCGGCGUGGCACUUGGCGGAUGUCAUUCAAGGAUUCUGAGCAGAGAAGCUGGACUUCCUCUGGACUUGGUCACUGAGCAAAGGUCCACCCGAGUCGGCUGCAUGUGGAGCAUCAGCUCAUUUCCGGACCUUGACAGUCACUUCAGCAUGAGAGUGGAGCUGCCGUCUGGAUCUGCCCCGGAAACUGGAGCUGCUGACAGGAGACCAGCCACACUCCUGGCCUCCGCCCGACAUGAGGGGAACCUCAGACCAGACCUUCAGAAACACCAGGGGCUGCAGGCCGCGUCGCGCACAUCAUUUUCAAAUGUUCUCUUCUUUGGUUUUAUGACAGAUAGACGGAUAAAUAAAGAGGCUUCCAGCAGUCCGGGUGCCAGGGUGUUUCCCCUCGUGGGUGGAGAGCUGACCUUCAUGGUGCAGCAAGGUCAGAAGGUACAGGAAGUGAUGUCACUAGACUGAGCCGUUCUCUGAAGAAAGCCAUCUCACCCGACCGCAGUCAGGGCUCACGGCACAACAGCGAGACUCAGCGGAAGCGUCUCGGACGUGGCCGGAAAGGCACUUGUUGGCCGGACCUCCGUGGCCACGGAAACAUGAGGAGACGCGCUGGUUCCGUUUGCAACCCUCGGCCGCGCUGCUCUCACACGCUGAGCGCCUCACUUCUUCCGCUCCAGGUAGUUGGACGGGACCCAGCCCUUGCGGGGGAGCAGACAGUCCUGCACCUGGCAGUACCACCAUCCGUUGGGGUUCCUCUCCAGGACCUCCAGACAGGUGCCCUCUGUGAAGCCCAUGGUCUCCUCGUCCCCGUGGUAGUCAGCGAUGGAAACGUAAAGCUCUCGUCCCAAACCGCCGCGGCUCGGCUGCUUCGUCUCGGCCGCUUUGGGCCGGACCGUGGACACGGAGGCGCCGUUGCGUUGGCCGGCCGCAGAGGUGAGAGCGGACCUGUCGGCGGGCCGCUGGCUCUCCACCACCACGUGGGGCCGCACGGUGCUGAAGGAGGCGUUUCGUCGGACGCCCAGCGUGGCGGAGCCGGAGCUGUAGUGAUGGCUCCUGCCGCGGCUGUCGCUGCGGCGCAGGGACCCCGUCAGGUGGGCGCUCUCCUUUGCCGGCUGCGUGGCGGUGACGAAGACGGACUGCGGCCGCACGGCCACUUGUCGGACUCCGUUCCUCAUUCGCACGCCUCCGUUGGCCAGGCCCGAGGGCUUGGAGAAGCCUCCCGGAGGUUUGGAGGGAAUGGGCGGACUGUUCCUCUGCCGCGCCGGCUGCUGCUGGAGGUGUUUCUCCAGACCGUCGGACGCCCUGCCGCACUCCGACCUCCCGCCGUCCCCCACUGUGCUGCUGGCUUCCAGGUAGUAGGAGGGAGCCCAGCCCUCCUCGGCGCCCCUGCGGACGUACCACCACCCGCUCUCCUGCUUCUCCAGGACCUCCACCUCCACGCCGGCCGGGAAGCUGAUCUCCGAGUCCUGGACCUUCUGGUAGGCGUCGACGGAGCGGUACAGAGUGUGGGCGCGGCUUCCUUGAGCGUAGACGGAGGGCAGGUCCGAGGUGCUCCGGGAACACGCGGAGCCCACGGACGCCGGCUCGCCGCACGAGGGCUUCAGACCGUGCCGGAACUGAGCGGCGGGUUUGAGCUGGCGUCUUAAGGAGCCGGCCUCGCUCCUCUCAGGACUGUGAGGCUCCGAUUUGGUCAGCAGGGGCUUGGGUCUCACGGAGGGCUUGGGCCGCGAGCAGGGGCUCUGUCCGAUCCUGUGCUCCACGCUACGGCCCAACGCUGACGCCUUGAAAGAGGAGGAACGCAGACUGUCGUCCUGGGACCUGAGGCCGCCGUCCAGCUGCCUCCCCAGGGUCUGGCUCCUGCGAGUCAUGUCGGGAGUCACCGUUUUGAUGGGGCGACCUGCUAAAGGGGAAGAGCCCGAGGGCUUCCGUGGGACCGUCGAGGAGCGAUAGCUCCUGGGGGAGCUGGGCUCGCUGGAUCCUUUGGCUGCUGCCCCGCUGGCUCUGAAGCCCUCGUUCUCAUACACACUCUCUGCUUUGGAGACCUCCUCCACCGAUCGGUAGGACGUCCUCCGGCGGCCGAACACGGGUGAGGCCUGACAGGAGGCUGGGCCGGCCUUGCUGGCGGGGGGAGACUGCUGGUACUGGAUGGUGGCAGAGCUGCCUCCAGCUUCCUUCACACACUCAGAGUCUGACUCUCCGUCGCAGCCGGCGGCAGGGACGUCGUACUGGGGCUCCUCAUAGGCCGCUCGGGGCGCCGGCUCGGAGCCUUUGGCCGCUGGUGGCUCUUCUGCAUCCUGUCUCUUGACUGGCGGAGCGGGUGGCGGGACUUUGGGUCGCGUCAGGGUGCUGCUCCGGCGGUUGACGUUGGGCUUCUUGCGCUUGUCGAUGUAGGAGCAGGGAGCCCAGCCCUCCUUCUCGCCAAUCUGCACGUACCACCAGCCACCGGGAUUCUUCUCGAUCACCUGCACAAGACGGAGAGUGAAGCGUCACGGACAAAUCUGUUGAGUGGGACGGCGAAUGAGGGCUCAGUGGUUCGGUCAAAUGCCUCUUCUGUCCAACUUUGUUGUUUGUGUCUUUGGGCUUUCCUCGUUGUGUCCCGUCGGUGUCGUGUCCCGUCGGUGUCGUGUCCUGUCGGUGUCGUGUCCCGUCGGUGUCGUGUCCCGUCUGUGUCCGUGUCGUGUCCGUGUCCAUGUCGUGUCCGUGUCCCGUCGUGUCAUGUCAGUGUCAUGUCAGUGUCGGUGUGUGCGAUGAGUCCGGCUCUUACGUCGGCCUUCUGUCCGCCUCGGAAGCUGAUGCCGUCGGAGAUGGAGGACUGGAAGUCUGCGAUGGUGUAGUACUCCGCUUCAACAGCAGGGGGCUCUGGAGGUUUGGGCAGGUGGAGACCCUGCCCAGGGACCAAGAGGAGAACAGGCUGUGGUCAUUCACCCCAUUGCGUUGAGAUGUGACUCACCAGGUGGCUCUCUCGCCUCGGGGGGGGCUUCUGCCGCAGGUUGGGGGAUCCUGGUGAAUCCGGAAGACAAGCAGCUCAGGGCCAUGGCAGAGGUCUGCCAGGAGAAGCGACCGCAGCGCGCGGCCAAACUCACCGAUCUCCACGCGAUGGGGCGCCACUCGGGCCACGGCCGGCGCACCGGCAUGGUGAGCGACGGAGCUGGCGGCGAUCAAGCCCAGACACGGGCUGUUGGUGUCCCGGCCGGCGCUCAGCCGGCGGCCCGUCUCGGCGUUGAUUUCCGAGCUGUAUGGCACGGGCAGACUGAUCUCGCUCUUGGAAAGGUGGCGCUCCGCAGCGUCGGCGCCCACCUCCGCGUCCGUCUGGAUGUCCUUCUCGCUGACGGACUUCUUCUGGAGAAGGCUGCUGAUCUCCAUGAUGUUGCCGAUGAUCUCCACCGGACCGGUGAGCGUCUUCUUGCGUGAGGAGAAGUCCUCCUUCAGCUUCUUCAGGUAGGAGGCCGGCGCCCAGCCCUCCGUCCCCUGGUGCCUGCAGGGCGAGCGUCACGUCUGGCGUCAGCAGUCAGCCGCUGGCCGGGAGCCACUCCUCACCUGAUGUACCACCAGCCCUCCAGGUUCUUCUGGAUCACCUCCACAGUGACGCCCUUCUCGAAGCUCACCUCGUCCUUGCCCUGACUCGCGUACGACUGCACCGUCACGUACUUCUCCUCUGGAGACAAGUGGGAGAGAAGAGGCCACUUUUUAGUCCUGACACUCGCUUGUCUCUGUCCUUGUGAGGACCUCCUCCUCUAUGGCCCUUUCCCCAGCCUCUCCCCCUGAACACAUGGCUCACCUGGACCAGAGUGGAACCCACACCUGCACACACACCUGCACAGCAGCGUUCCAUUCCGACAGAGACAAACAACAAGCGCCCACACUCAAUGUCCCUUUGCCAACACAGGUUUGAGGGCAGGUGUGAGCGUGUGUCUGGUCCAGAGUCCUGCUUCAGGUGAGCCCUGUGUUUUGGAGAGAAGAUCCCGUCCGGCGCAGCCCGUGGUCACCUCUGCUCUGCUGGCGGUUGACGAUUCCCCCCAGGGUCCAGCGUCGGUCCAGUCUCUUCAGGUGGGACUUGCGCCUCUUGGUGACUGCAGAUCAGGAUGAUGAAGAUGUGCAAAGAAAGACAGGGCCCAGUUUUAAAACCAUGGGUUAGAAGGCAAAGAAGCUGCCGCAGCUGAGGACCCCUGCACGCUGAGAUGAUCAGGACCUCAGAGAACAGGAGGUCACAUCUCUCCGCCUCCUCCUCCAUCCAUCGGGAAGCCAGUGGCCAAAGUGACGCAGCAACACGCUCCUGUGCAGGUGACGGACAGUGGUGGGUCAGGCAGGUUCCUCGUGUCGGGCAGAGCUGCUGCCUGGACGAGGCCUCCACGGGGA